CUUAAGUGUAUUGGUAUGGCAACUAGCAACCUCCUUCAAAUUGAAAACAUGCCUGAGCUGGUAAGGGCACAUGUUAAUCUUAGUGGAGGAGGUAGUACCCACAACAAGUUUCUGAAAGCUCUUACUUCCGUCCGUCAUCUUACGCUAUGGAUAACACUUCCAAAGGUUGUGAAUCCUUCUGGUAUGAUCUUCAACCAGCUUGUCCAUCUAAUCUUGUGUCGAUUUGCUGGACAUUGUUGGGAUCUAGUUACUUGUAUGCUUCAAGAUUCUCCCAAACUAAGAUUCAUGAAACUCAUUGAUGAUACAUGGAUAUCCCAACUGUUUGGAAGCCGCCGAGUUCUGUUCCAGAGUGUUUACUGCACAGUCUUAAGCUUUUGAGUUGUUCGGGUACAGAGGAAGACAAGGAGAAAGAGAGAUGGCAACGUAUGUACUAAAGAAUGCGACUUGUUUAAAGACGGCGACAUUUUCUCCGUUAUCAACUGAUGUGGGAGAGAAGUAUCAGAUGCUCAAGGAGUUGGCAUCUGUAGCUACAGCUUCUGCUUCGGCUCAGCUUCUUUUCGACUGAACAAUCAUAACGCAUUUAGUGUUCUUGAUCUCUCUUCUUAAUUAUGGUUGUGUUUAGUUUUUUGGUUGGUAUCGGAUUUGUGUUAGGAAUAGGAGCUAUUAGGGAGAAUACAUUAUACAUA